AAAUGGCUGCGGAACGUCAUAGCCGAGAAUGUUUUAGCAAUUAUUACGGAAACGCGUAAUAUUUUUACACCCGUGACAUUUUGUUCAUUGCGCCGUCCGUGUGCCUCGGCGUUGAUUUCAUCGAAGUCUCCUCGCGCCUCUGUGACGGUCGCUCGAAAGGAGAGCUAUGAAAAAAAUGGCGUUCUGUGACAGCUGAUUCUCGCAAAUACCUCCGAUGUUAUUAAGGAGGAUGAUUUCUCAAAUUUUCCGGCGUUCUCGCCUUUGAUUGAAACGAAUCAACUUGCGAUCAUCAAUAUGUCUCCUCAAUUGAAUCGGAAACGUGGCUCAUCCGUCAGCUUUACUAGAGCAAAGGACGAUAGUGAAGAUGCCGAGGACGAAAUUCACAUAUCUCUGGCGCCAUAUAUACAGACGUACUUGGCGCACAGUAGUCAGGGCUUAGGAUGCUGCGGUAUCAGUUUACCCGUACCGUUCGAACGUGCAGCACCAAGAUCGUGGUGGAAUCCAAGAUUUGAUUCGGAAAUCCUCGAGGAACAGUUUAAGAGAAGUGCCUUUCCUCAAAUUAGAUUAAGAUUUCGAUAUGCUCUCACAUAUAUCCUGCUGGUGUCUUUAUCAUGGCUAAUGUACUUUGUGAUAAUCGGAAUAGAAAACGAAACAUCGACAUGGGCGGCGAUAGCAGGUCUUUUCGGUAUCGUCGCUGCCAUGGUAUCGGCUGUACUUUAUUUAACAUAUACGGAUUACUACAGAUCUUAUGUACUGACGACUUCUCUGGGAGUCGCGUCCACGCUCUGUUUCCUAUCCUUGUUCUUCCUUGCCAUGGUGCCGCCACACGUGGACGGAUUAACGCUGGUCGGACAUUUUGCUCUGUGCUCAGAAAUUCUAUUGAUAAUUUAUACGGUGCUGCCGAUGCCGCUCUACGCCUGCGUGGGAAUAGCCACGCUUUACUCGUUAAUGUUUGAAAUUUUGACUGCCUAUUUAUAUGGCUCGAAAGAUAUGCAGCACAGCAGACGUAUUAUACGAAAUAAUUCCUCAGGACUGAAUAAUACGACAGCAGAGAAAACGUUGGUACUUACGCACUCAUCCCUAAAGGAUCCUCUAAAUGUUGCUGGUCUACAGAAUGUGAUACGUAAUAUUAGUGAAUUUACUACAACAAUUAGCAGUACAGAAGCGAUAUCGACGAUACUACAUGAAGAUAAAGAUACGAUACAAAAUAUGGGAUCCGGAUUUCUAGAACGAGAACCGGUAACUCAACGGUUGUAUGGUGCUCUCAUUGACCCGAAUAUCUUUACGAGAUUAAAUUCCAGUAUCCCAUCCAUGAUUAGAUCCACUAUUAGCUCAACUGUAAAAGCAUCUCCUAUAGAUAAUUAUACUAGCGAUAAUAUGCUCGAUGCCAGUGAUAUCUUUUCCACGAAUCUCGCGAUAAGAAUCUUGAUGCAGAUUUGUAUUCAUUUGAUAGGCAUGCAUAUCUUGAUAAUGACUUUUGUAAGAAUGCGUGGUACGUUUAUGAAGGUCGGUCAAUCUUUACUGGUCCGUCGACAAUUGGAAGUAGAGAAGCAAUUGAAGGAGAAGAUGAUACAUUCGGUGAUGCCACCGAAGGUUGCGGACUGGCUCAUGGAAGAGAGCGAGCGCGAGAGAGAGCGAGAGGAUUCUCUAAAAAAAGGCUCGAUACCAUCCAAUAACACGGACAUUCGUUCGUUGUUUCGUCCAUUCAAUAUGCAUUCUAUGGAAGACGUGAGUAUCUUGUUCGCUGAUAUCGUCGGAUUCACCAGAAUGAGUUCCAAUAAAACCGCGGAGGAACUCGUGGGCAUACUCAAUGAUUUGUUCGAACGCUUUGAUGAUCUCUGUGAGCAUCAUGGAUGUGAAAAGAUCUCUACAUUGGGGGAUUGUUACUAUUGCGUCAGCGGAUGUCCCGAACCGAGAUCCGAUCAUGCCAAAUGCUGCAUAGAAAUGGGACUAGCCAUGAUCGAAGCCAUAAAACAAUUCGACAUCGAGAGACGGGAAGGCGUAAACAUGAGAGUGGGUGUGCACACAGGCACUGUACUCUGUGGAAUUGUGGGUACCAAGAGAUUCAAAUUUGAUGUCUGGUCGAAUGACGUGACUUUGGCAAACAAGUUGGAAAGCACGGGAAAACCUGGCCGUGUGCAUCUGAGUGAGAAUACUUUGAGAUUUUUGGGAGACCAAUACAUUACGGAAAAUGGGGAAAUAGUCAAUGGUGUUAAAACUUACUUUAUAAGAGCCCGUAAAUCAGACUUUAUGAAUCAAUUUAUCACAAAUGUCACGUCACCCAAGAGUAUCUCGCCAUUGAUGCAAUCGCGGAAUCGUUUGGCAUCAUGCAACAAUCAAGCCAAGCCGCGCCAUCACUAUCUCCACAUGGUCACCAACGCAAGUAGUUAUAGGAUGAAGGCCAAUUCCUUGCCUAGUAUUUUAGAUUCUGAAAACGACGGUGAUACUAUGGAUGAAAAAGAGGAUUCGAACAAAAGUCCAACGUCUACCGCUAGUUAUGGCAAGAAGAAAGUGCGGAAUAAGCCGUGGAAGUAUCUACAAAGACAACGAACAACCGAAGAAAUGAUACCUUUGGAGAUAGAAGAGAGAAAAAAUAUCGUUAUGGGACAAACAAAACUCGAUAUUCAGACAUAUGAGGAAUGCAAUGGAUUUAGACGAAUCCCUCUGGGUAAUGGCGUUGAAAUGGAUCCAAAUCCUGUACCUUCUAGUCCUUUAUUAUCUGGUCAAGAGCCGAUUAGUCAUGCUUCUUCCAUUUGCAGUAGGAAAGACUCUGGUAUCAAGAGUAACAGCAGGCGAAGUAGUAUACAACAACAGUUGUAUCUAUUGAAUGGAAUGGCCCAGGGUGAUUUAUUAGGACACAGGGUCAGUGGUUAUUAUACCUCUAGUUCAACGUUAAACUCCACUCAUGAACCUUCAUCAUCAGUGCCUCCUUAUCCGUUUCCCCCGAUGGUAACCGAUACAUUCGGCGCGUGUUUUCAUAAAUUACGCAAGCAAUCCGAUCUUCAGUUAAUUAGAUGUGUACAGGACAAUGUGAGUUCUCAGCGCUCAUACUUCGUCAAACCGCCGCUCUCGAGCGUUACUCUCUUUUUCAAAAACGAGGAAAUGGAGAGAGAAUAUCGAGAAAAUGCGCACAAAGCCAACGAGGGUAUUGGUGAUAAUCCUCCUACCUUGGCUACUUCGAGAUUCAAUACAUACUUUGAUAUUUUGAUAUCCGCUCUGGUUUACACGGCUAUCACAAUCUCGCUUUUCCUUCUCUGCAAACCGACGAUUUAUUACAUGGUGUUCUCUGUGCUUACCACUGCUGUUCAAGUUAUCGCUGUAUUACUCUGCAUUCGGCAGCUUUUCUAUCCACACAUUGCUCAUACCACGUUCACGCAGAGUAUCUUUAGAUUCUUUUCCCGAUGGUAUCCGUGGCACGCGUGCGGCGCAGUUCUGGUCGGUUUACCAAUCAUCUCCAUCUUACUUAAUUUCACAUGUAACAGCUUUCGGAGUUUGAGUAACUUCGAAUAUUACUACAGCUACCUAAUCUUUGUCGGGCUAGUCCACUUCUGCAAUUUCACGCAACUCAAUUGUUGGAUGAAGAAUCUGUUGGUUACCCUCACCGGCGCAUUAUUCAUCUGUCUUGUGGUAAGUCACAUAUCCCCAUAUCACCAGGAGAAUCUCAGUAGUCUUAAUAGUAGCGAUCCUGGUAAUAGCUCGCAGUUGGCGCAAUUGGCGGCAUUGUAUCCAAAUUUUUUCAAAUCGCUCGCGAGUGAACGAAGCGAUUUAAAUAGUUUAGGAAGUCUCCCGAACGCAACGAGAGAUUUUGUCGUCACGACCGCUGCGACAAAAAUGUCAAUCGCGAAACAUACAGAGCGACAAGAAACUACGAUUCAAAGACAGGCAUACACCGGAUAUAACGAGAGAUUAUACAAUUCAGAAAUAUACCUAGAUAUGGUGCUGUUGUUGCUACUGGUCUGGUUUCUGAAUCGUGAAUUUGAGAUCAGUUAUAGAUUGUGUUUCCACGGUAAUGCGGUUGCAGCGCGCGAUAAGACGCGUGUACAAUCAAUGAAGAAUCAGGCCGACUGGUUGUUGCAUAAUAUCAUACCAAAAUAUGUGGCUGAUCAGCUGAAGACAACCGCCAAGUACUCGCAGAAUCACAAAUCUGUGGGCAUUAUCUUCGCCAGUAUUGUCAAUUUCAACGAGCUGUACGACGAAUCGUAUCUUGGCGGUAAGGAGUAUCUGCGUGUGCUCAAUGAGCUUAUAGGCGAUUUCGAUGAGCUGCUGGAGAAGCCGGAGUACGCGAAUGUCGAAAAGAUCAAGACAAUCGGCAGCACAUUCAUGGCCGCGAGUGGUCUGAAUCCACAGGUGAGGCAGCAAAGCGAGCACGAGUACACGCAUCUAUUCCAGUUGCUUGACUUUGCUGUAGCAAUGCACAAAGUGAUAUACGAUUUCAAUCGAGAUCUGUUGGGCUUCAAGCUUGUCCUACGAGUCGGCUACAAUUACGGCGAUGUUACAGCCGGCGUGAUUGGCGCUACUAAAUUGUAUUACGAUAUCUGGGGUGACGCGGUCAACAUUGCGUCGCGAAUGGAUUCCACCGGGGUCGCCGGUAGGAUACAAAUGGCCGGCAAUUGUCUAGAUGUUUUGUCGGAACGAUAUGAAUUCGAGCCGCGCGGACAGGUAUACGUCAAAGGCAAAGACAAUAUGGAUGUAUUUUUGUUAUUGGGAAAGAAAAAUAAUGCUGGUUGAUGACCAACGCUUAAAAGUGCCGAUAUUUUGUAUAGCUAUGAUAUAUCAAGAGGAUCCGAAACUGCUCGUGGCCUGGAACGAUCAUAGCAUUUAGAAUAAGAUCUGUCUAUUCUUAGUAUCUGAAUAUUUUUUAUAGCGUAAUAUUUUACUGUGCUUAUUUUUCGGAGAUACAUAAGAACUUCAUUGUGUGAAUUAAAUUGCAUUAAUCUUACUGAUUCUUAUUUUCAAUUAUUUUUUUUCAAAUUUUAUGCAUUGGUUACAUUAUAAAAAGAUAUUUCUCUAUUGAUAAUAUCUUAAUUUUGUUGUGCAAAUAUUAAAGAUUUUUUCUUUCUAUUUAUUUUUUUUAUAAUAUGUACCAUAAAUGUGAAGUGUAAUGUGCAUAAAUAUUUAAUAAAAUAUUUGAAAAUAAGAAGUGGAAAAAUGAUCAAUGCAAUUCUAUUCAAUUCAUACACUAUACGAAAACUUUUUUUUACGACAAAUUUUUUUAUAUAUUUUUUUUUAAUUUCAAAAGAUUAAUGAUGCACAGAGUCAUUUUUAAUAAGAUUUGUGCUGAAAAAAUGAUCAGAGAGAUGUAUAACAAAACAAAAAAUGAAAAGGAACAGAUAUAAAAAGGAAAACUGGAAAGAAAGAUGUGUGUAUAUAUAUAUAUGUGUGUGUGUGUGUGUGUGUGGCGCGCGCGCGCGUGUGUGUACACACAUGUAUACAUUGUUCGAACAAUAAUCGUAUAUGUGCUCUAUUAAAAAAAAAAAAAAACAUACUCGCCUUAUCCGUUGACUGCUCAAACUCAGCUAACGAAAGAUAUUUAUUAAUGAGAGAUGUUAUUAUUGUAUUUUUGUAAAUAUUAAACAAUAUAUUAUAUAUGUAUAAUGGGAAGAGAUAUAUAUAUGAAUGUAUAUCCUGGGAGAUUAUCUGAGAUCUGCCUUUGUCUCAAGUACAAAACUGGAUGAGAGAAGGGGCGGAGGAAUCUUUUUUUAAAAGUGUUUUACGUUAUUGAGUAUUGGAAUGGUAAUAAUUAUAUUUGUGUAUGGAUGUAAUUGUUACGAAUAUGAUUCUUGCGUGAAUAGAUAUGUGUAUAUUUGUGGUGUAUUUGAUCUAUAUCUGUUUCCUAUAAAUCGAGUCUCGAAAAUGUGUAAUUUUUUUCAAUCGAGUGAACGAUAAUAGUGAAGUGUUUUUACGAUAUAACUUUGAGAAAUUGAUAAAAACAAGUGUUACGUUUCUAUUCUAUUCUCAAUAUUCUAAGAACAACAGCGAAGUGCGUCCCGCGCGACAAAAAUCAACGAAACUCGAGAAAAUACCCCGUUAUAAGAUAAAUAAAUUUUAAAAAGUAAAAAAAUAAAUUUACAAACGGUCUUGUCUUCCUGUUUAAUAUUGUAAUGCGGCACGUAUAUAAUGGAAGAAAGAUAAAUUGUUGUAUAUAAGUGUCGUUUGAAAAUUAAUCUACAUAAAAGAAAUAAGGAGAGAUGAAUAAAGUGAAAUUUUAGGGUUUUAGUGAUUACAAAUGAUGAAGAAUAAUUUUAUGAAAGACCAAAGAUAGGAAGUAACGAUUUAAGCCAGAACGCGUGCAUAUAUAAAAGUAUAGAUUUCGUUUAGAAUUUGUUUAGAUUUGUUGUACAAUGCAUACGUGCAUUGAAUAAAUUGCAUUAUACACAUUCCAAACAAAGCUCGCGACGGAGCAACUGGCCGCAAGUAACAAGCUUAUAACAAAGUGCUUCUUGUCGCUAUUAUAAGCCGUAUCCCAAACGUCUCUGUUAUUACAUCUGGACACAAACCUGCUACUCGGAUUCCAAAGAAUAUUCUAUUGCAUUUUUUUGUAAAUCUUAAUGAUAAGCGUUCGAUGGUUUUAUGCUGUAAGAAAUAAUAUUUAUGCAUAUAUUGUUACGUACCCCAUAUAUAUGUACAAAUUUUGAGAAUUUAUCUGGACUAUACUGACAGAAAGGAAAACUAGGCGCUUUGUAUUUGUUAUAUGCGGUAUAUACAAUACAAGUAUAAUGCGAUAAAUUUGGGUCUGGAUCACAAUCGACGUUGUAUAUCCUGCACGUAAUGUGGUUGUAAUUUUAAGUAAUGUUUAACUUAAUGAGAUAUUGUUUCACGUGAAAGUAAUAAUGUCAUAUAUAAUAAAGGACAUCAAGAGAUCCCAAUUUCUGUAAAUAUGUUGUAAAAUAUUUAAAGCUUUUGUUUAAAAUAUAGGAUUUCUCUUUUCGGAGAAAUUGAAGGAAAAUUGUAGUGCUGUACAGAAACUGCAAUGUAUCGCUUCAAUUUGUCGUAUCGUGGAACAUAAAUGAAAUAAUUAGUACGAGAGAUUAUAAAAUUAUAAGAGAAAGAGAGAGAGAGUCAAUUAUAAGUUUUUGCGUUAUAUGUAGAAUAUAUAAUGAGAGAGAAAUAAUAGCUCAUUAGUCAAAACGUAUCCGCAAACAUCAUGAUUUAUAAUGAUAAUAUAUAAAUAUAUAUGUAUAUUACAUUCGCCGAUUUUUAAAAAAAGCAUAUGUUAUACAUAUAUAUGUGUGAGAGAUAUCAAAUAAAAUAUAUUAUGUGAAUUGGAUGUGUGUGUGUAUAUUUAUCAACAUAUACAAGUCUUGCGGACAACGAGAGAGAGACGCCAAGCGUAUAUUGAUGAUAUACAUGUCAUUAUUGUCAAUGUAAUUUCUUUAUUACAAUAUAAUAUAUACAAGAUACUAUAGCUGAUUUCGCUAUAGUUGAUGUACAAAAACACGA